AUGGCUGCGCCAAGGAAAUCAGAGGAGGGCAAGGCGGACGUCAGCCAAAUGGAGCGCGUUUUGACCGCCGGCUCUCUUGGCGACGUCGACAAGCCCAACCAGGACUCGAAGGUCGACGAGUUUGGAGCACACACCAAGACCGACCCCAAGGAGAUCGCCUUGGUCAAAAAGAUUGAUUGGUACAUCUUGCCCAUUCUCUGGGUGAUGUACUUCUUGAACUUCCUCGAUCGCAAUGCCAUGAUCAAUGGCAAGCUGAAUUCUCUUUCGAAAGACCUGAACCUCAAGGGCACUCAGUACAACACCUGCGUUUCCAUCCUAUUCGUCGGAUACCUGUGUGGCCAAGUUCCCUCCAACAUGAUUCUCAACCGAGUGCGACCAUCUUGGUACAUGGCUGGGUUCAUGCUGGCGUGGUCGAUCAUCUCCCUGCUCACGUACAUGGCGCAUGACUACUCGACGAUGCUUGCCUGCAGGUUCUUGCUUGGAAUUACUGAGGCUCCCUUCUACCCUGGCGCGCUGUAUAUGCUCAGUAUGUUCUACACGCGAAAAGAGAUUGCCACGCGUAUGGCAAUUUUUUACACCGGCAACAUGCUGGCCAGCGCCUUCUCGGGCUUGAUUGCCGCUGGUGUCUUUGCUGGGCUGGAUGGAAAGCACAAUCUCGCUGGGUGGCAAUGGCUCUUCAUCAUCCAAGGUGCCGUCUCUAUCGUCGUUGCCAUCGCGGCAUUCUACCUCCUCCCCGACGCCCCUCUCAAGACCAGAUGGCUCACCGAGGAGCAACGUCAAAUGGCCCACAAGCGCAUCUUUGACGAUACGACCGACCGUCGCGAGGGUGGAACCAGUGUCUGGAAGGGACUACGCGAGGCCUGCUCCGAUUGGCGUACCUGGGUGUUCUGUCUCAUGGAUAACAUGCAUCUCUCGGCGAACGGCUUCAAGAACUUCCUUCCCAGUGUCGUCAAGACUCUGAACUACAACACAACAAUUACGCUGGUGCUGACGUGCCCGCCGUAUAUUCUUGCCGGUAUUCUUAGUAUUCUCGUCUCGCACUCCUCCGGUCGCUUCAACGAACGUACCUGGCACACAACUGUGAGCAAGCUGAUCGCUUGCGCUGGGUUCGCAAUGAGCGUGGCCACCCUUAACACUACUGUCCGCUACGUCGGAAUUAUGAUCUUUGUUGGUGCGACAUACGGCGUAAACAACAUUAUUUUGGGAUGGACGGCGUCGGUAUUGGGACAGACCGACGAGAAGAAGGCAGUCGCUAUCGCCAUGUGUAACACCUUUGGCAACCUUGCCAGUGUUUAUACCCCUUACCUGUGGCCCGACUCCGAUGAGCCUAGGUACUUGAAGGCUAUGCUGGCCAGUAUCGGGUUCUCGCUUGGUGUUGUGGUGUGUGCAUGGGUAAUGCGCUUCGCACUUCAAAGGCAGAAUCGCAAGAUGCUCGCUUCUUCCAACGGAGGGGUAACGAACCUGUAUGUGUACUAA